GCCAGCAAAGUACCUUGCGAAUCGGUUUGAUGGGGUUCGCUUGAAAUGUCGUUAGUACAUCAAGCUGACACACACAAUCACACUCAACCAACACCACCGUACGCAUCUAAUGAAGCUGUCAUCGACGUUUAUUUUUGUUCGACAUUAUUACAUGAAUGGUGAUUCUCUCUUUCUACGAACCACACAAACGAGCAUAAACAUUUGCAUGGAGUGGCUGCACAUUUUUGCUAGUGGCCACAAGAAAACAAACGCACUUUUAAAAUUUGUCUCAAUUGCAAAUCGCAGCACCGCCCCAAAAUAAACCAAUUGAGUGAAUAAAGUGUUUGAAAAAGUGUCGGAAUCAUAAACAAUUUCAUUGGACUUUGGAAACAAAGGGAACAGAACGAUUCCAAACGAAGAAGAGAAAAAAAAGUAGUUCGUGUCUUUCAUAACAGCACACCAAAUUCAAUGUUGUUGUGAAAUAUCGGUUGGUGUGUAUUCAGACUCACAGCGGAUACACUUGUAGGCAAUAUUUGAAAAAGAAAGCGCAAAAAAGCAACAAAAUUACGUUUGGCCAAACACAACAAAGAAGCACCGAGAAUAACAAAGACCACGAAAACAACAACAACGUGAAGAAGAAGAAGAAGAAGGAACAGAGAAAAAAAACGAUCCGUCUGUAUGAACGAAAAACGAAUGUACGUAAUUUUGUGUGCGAAGUCAACAGUGUUGGUGUAUUGGUUUCAAUGACACACAUCCACUUAAGAGCAUUUCAUCGUCAUUGGUGUUGUUGUUUGUGGGUAAAUUACGCGCACGUGUAAGUGUGUAUAUGUAUCGUAUACAAGCCGUUGAAGUUCCAUCUCUUGCCACAAACGAAACAGAAAAAAAAGCAAUUGCUAUUAGACCAAUGUGCGUGUGCGGGAUGCAUGUGAAAUAACAAUCAACACACAAACACAAUCCCAACAACAAUCGUCCGUGUUUCGAUUUCAUUUUCGUCAAACGUUAUCCGCAACGCUGCAUGCAUUGAUAAUCGUGCAGAUAGAGAGCACAAGUGAAUUUCGGAGAGAGCGUGAUAGAGAAGAAAAUCACAUUGUCAUAUCAUUUGCAAAUUAAAACGAAUAAAUAUUACGCCGAACAAGCGCGCAGAAGAAAAAAAAACGCACAGCCAGAGAGUGCGGAAUUUGUUUUUGGUGGAUCAAUCAGAAGUGCCGAAAAACUUUGAUAACGAGCGAGUACGAAAAAAAUGCAGUGGAAAGGUAAUUCGAUGAACAUUGUGUCGGGUCACACAGUUAAAUCGUAAAUCAUCAAACACAAUGUUGAAAUAUUCUCGAUGAGAAGCUGUGAAAAGACGAGAGAAGAGGAAACAAAAAAUAGAGACGAGUUUUUCAUGCAUACACAAUAUUCGUUCAAGUGUGUAUUCGCGUCAGCUACGUCAGUUUUGAUGGAGUGAACAUUGUUCCGAAGGCGAAGUCGCGUGUGUGUCUAACUACAUGGAUCGUCGAAUUUCAAUGUGUUUCUAGUUCCAAACAAGUCGACAAAAAAAGAAGAACGAACAAAUUGGCCACACAAGUUUUUUUUUCUUUUUUGUUCCAAUAAUUCGUUAAUUUCGGUUUCGUUUGCAGUUAAUUCGGGCCGCCUCAUGUGAUUUCCUAAUUUUCGGAAUUUCGAGUUUCUUUUCGAUUUCACGAGACUGCUUGUGAAAUCAAUUUUCGCAGCAUUUUUUUUUAUUCACGGUAUCGUGACUAGCACGCAAAACACACCAUUCAACUGUCUGGUUGAGUUGUGCGAGUUGUGUAAGUCGAGUUUAGAAAAGAAAUUUUCGGGUUUUUUCUGCUUGUUGCUACAUUAUUGUCACAUUGGCCAUAACAUUGGUCAACCGUAGCUUCAUGUGUGUGCACGCGUGAUAUUUUCAUUUUUAAAAUCAUUUGAUUCGAAACGUGUUUGUGUUUGCAAAACAGCCAAGUGCUAUUGAAGACAAGAGGAGAGAAAAUCGUGAAAUCAAAGAAAAGUCGUGCCUUUCAUUGUGUGUGCGCUAGCGCCGAUAGCAAAAGAGAGUGACAAACAACCGAUCGGUAUUCAACGAUUCGUCGUGCAUUUCAAAAAUAUACACAAAAACACCGAUCACCAGUGGUGCGCGCUGCGUCCAAACCAUAUAUAUACUCCACGAGUAACGCCAAAAUACACAAAACACCAUAUUAUACACAUCGCAAUUUGGCGCUUGAUUGAACUUCGCGCGAUCGAUUGUCGUUUUUUUUCUCUACUAUGGCCGACUUUGAUGCAAUCUACGAAGAUGUACAAGAUGAGGAACCACUUCCACCAUCCAUACCAAAGACCGAACCCAUCCUCAUUCGUGGCACUGGAAAUAUGACUGUUUUUGGAUUAAGUAGUAGCUUUAACACGAGUUUCCCCGCUGGCCUGCAAUCACGCGUAGCGCCCGAAGAGUUCAAAGCGACCGUUGGCCGAGUGAAUAAUAUUCUAAAGAAAUCCUUACCAUUAAACAUUAAGUGGCUUUUUUGCGGAUGCAUUUGUUGUUGCUGUACGUUAGGUUGUUCUUUCUGGCCUGUGAUAUGUUUAAGUAAACGAACACAACACACAAUCAACAAACUGUUGGAAUGGGAAAAUCAACAUUUGUACAACAAACUGGGACUACGCUGGCGAUUAAAUAAACAACAAUGUGACACAAACUCAAUGCUGGAAUACGUGUUGAUGAUUGAAUUCUUGCCAAAAAUUGCCAUUUAUCGUCCGGAUUAGAGAAGCAGACAACGCUUAAAAUGCUCCAGCAACAUUUCAACUGAAACCGAUCCAACAUCAACCAUAUUUACUUCUGCAAAAUGUUGAUAGAAGUUCGUUUAAAAUGUUAGGCUUUAACUUGCAACUAAAUUCUUCUAUUUUUUCCUCCCUUUUGGCUACGAUUUGGCAUUCAUUUUAGAUUUUAAGGCAAUUUGUUUACAUUUCUUAUCAACACGUUUUAUUUACGUUUUCGCUUGCAACAACAAAGGAAGCGUUUGUAAUCGGAGCGAAGCGAUUGGGCAUGUUUUGUCACUGUUUUGUAAACAUUUUGUUGGAAUAUUUAGAAUCAAUCGUGUUCUAUUUGAUGAAGAGCAGAAGAAAAAAAAAUUCGAUCAUACUUUUUGUAUGUUUUUAUCAAAAUGCCGCCCUUUUGAAUCGUGAUCAUCGAUCUCUUGUGAUGACAAGCCUCAAUGGCUUUGCUCCGUGAAUAUUUUCAAUACCAGUAAAACUUCAGCUGCAAUUAUUUUUACGAAAUUAUUUUAAAAGCAUCCAAAAUUUUAACAAGCAUCCUCUACACUCUAGGCAAAAGUAUUUUAGACCGAGCUAGACUCGCACCAUUCAGUGUAAAUUAGCAAAUCAUUUUAAAAUUCAUUUCAUUUCUUAUGUUUUUUUUUGAAAUAAGUCAAAAUCACAAUUUUGUUUUUCUCAACAAUCAUUUUCAAUUUUGGUCCUUUCCACUUUGCAAGGAUGAAGAAAUUUAUUCAACUUUAGCAUAAGCAUUACAAAUUACUACUACUUCAAUGAUAAAUAAGGUUGGAGAAGAAGAAGAGGAGAAAACAACCAUGUAAAUAAAAUGCGAUAAUUAAGUUUCGAUUGUUGACAACCGAUUCAACCAAUUCAAUUUUAUUUUUGUAAUAAAGUGUAAACAUUUACAAUAUGUAUUAAAACGAAACAAAACAAAAAAAAACGAAGAGAUUUGAUGAACGGAAAAAAAGCGAAAAUGCAACGGAUUGUAUAAUGUAAAUGAUUUGCAAAUCAGAGAUUAAGCGGUCGAAAUGUAGAAUUUAAAUGAGAUGAGUAAGAAUGAUUUUUUUUUGUUUCGAACUGAUGAUAGAAAAAAAGGCUUGGAUGACAGCAAACACCACGAAAAUCUAUUUGAACAGAGAGUAUUUACACACAUGCACCUAAAUUUCACGAAGAGAGAGAUAGAGAAAGAGAGCAAAGUCUACUUCAAGAAGAAUGAAAACAACAAAACACUAUAAACAAAACUGAAGCUUCCCAAAAACUAAUUUUAAGGACAACAAACUAAAACUAAAUGUAUAUAUUUUUAAGAGCUUGUUCACAUGAAAACUACUCGUUGUGAAAUUUGUUGAACUUAUUUAAUCAUGUUCCGAGAUUUGAAACAAAACAAAAUUGUACGUAGAAAGAACAAGUCCAUGGAAUAUAUAUAUAACAAUCGUAGCCGCAAUAUACUGAACGAAUCAACAGAAGAUCUAUUUAUAUAUACACAUAAAACAGAAAAAUAGCUAAACUCAUUAAAAGCACAUAUUUUGGGUACACAUAUUUUCCAAAAUGCCUGGAAUUACAAUCAUUGCCAAAUGGGUGGUUGUUUUUUUUUAUCCCAUUUUGGAUGGCAAUGCGAUACGAUGGGACUAUUUGGUACAGCGUCGCGACUAAUUGAAUAAAGGUUGAAUGUGGAAUGCUGAAAUCAUUGAACUGUCUGAACUUAGAAUGUGUAUGCGUGCACUGUACAUGUAGAACGGGAUCAAUGUUGACCCAAAAUAACAAUAUUUAAAUGCGGACAUUUUUUUUGUUUCGCUUCAAACUGUUAGCCGAUGUAAUUGUUGAAAAAUAAAACCGCUACAUGUUCUUUUUUUCGUUCGUUGAGUAUGUGAAAAUACCAUCUCAUUUUAUUUCGCUUGCGACACAACGAAUUCAGUUGUUUUCGGAUUAUGUUUUUUCUAUCGUUAUCAUUUCAAGUAACAGUUCGAUUCGAUUAGUUGGAAUCAUGUCAUACACCAUUUCGGAUACGAUUUAUUUACGCAAACGGUAUGUUUUUUUGCCAGUUUGUAACCAUUUACCUCUAUAAAACGCCAUGUUUUCUGCUUCAAUACAAACAUAUCCAAGAUUUCGGUUUUUGGAUUCUUUGACACAGAAAUCGCCACAGAAUCGAAUGAAAUACUGCUACCGAACGAAAAACAAGAAAAUUGUUUUUGUUUUUUUGUUGUUGCCUCAAAUAAAACAGAAUAUAAAUGGUCAGACAAAAAAAUUACACUUUAUUUAUUUAGUAAGAAGAUGGAACUAACUAUGGUUACAUACCUAUUAGUGACUUACCGAAUAACACAACAAAUCACUGAUUAAAAAGCAUAUUUACAAGUUACAAAUUCGUUGAGAAAAAAAAUGAUGAAAAAAACACAUUGAAAUAGAUUACCAAGUUAUCGAAAUAAAAAUCAGUCUUGAAAUUGAAAA